AAUUAAAUGAGUUAUUGCAAUACUAAUGUUUGUUGGAAUUCAGAUGAUGUAUAUUUGGCACUAAUUGGAGGAUGUUUAAUUGGAGUGGCAACUAGCAUACACUACAUGCUAAUGGGAAGAGUAACAGGAUUUAGUGGAAUUUACUAUAGUUUGAUAACUUUUGAUAAAGGAAGUUGGAAUUGGAAAUUAGGUUUAAUGAGUUCUGUCAUGUUGGCCUCUUGUAUAAUGUUUAAGAUUUAUGAUAAUGGGUAUAUAAUUAUAUAAACUAAUUUAGACAAUCAUCCAUUUUGAAAGGAGCAUCUCCAUCAUAUAACACAGAGUAAAUGUUAACAGGAAUAGGCUGGGCAGGAUGUGUGAUUAGUGGGUUUUUAGUAGGUUUUGGAACAAAGAUGGGAAAUGGAUGUACUAGUGGACAUGGAGUAUGUGGAUUACCUAGAUUAUCAAUUAGAUCAAUUGUAGCUGUAUGUACAUUCAUGGGAAUGGGUUUCAUAACUGCUACAUUUAGAUAUUGGGGUAUAUAUUGAAUCUUAUAUUCUAUUUAGUGGUCAAUAAAGACUUUUAUGGUCCUUCUAACAACAUCAUUCCUCUUGAUUCGUAUUCCACAAUAUCUACUGUAUUUUUAUGUGUGAGUGUUGCAUUAAUAGUGUUAUCCUUUGUGUUAUAAAACAUUUAGGAUAAAUCAAAGAUUGUAGAUGUAGCAGUGGCAUCUCUAACUGGAUUUAUUUUUGGACUAGGUUUGGUUAUUUCAGGAAUGGUUUAGAGAUUAAAAAUUGUCAGUUUCUUAACUAUUAGUAGUCAAGUUUGGGAUCGUAAUAAAUUAAUAUAGCUUUAGCAAGUUUAGCUUUCGUUAUGAUUACAGCUGUAGGAGUCAAUUUCAUUACAUUUAGAAUUUUAGACAAACCAGUGUUUAAUACAAAAUUUGAACUUCCAACAAAUAAAACAGUUGAUUUAAAACUAAUUCUAGGAUCAGCAUUAUUUGGAAUGGGAUGGGGAAUUGGUGGAUUAUGUCCUGGUCCUGCUAUUGCACUCUAUCCUGAAUUCACAAUUUAAAUUGGAAUAUUAUUUAUGGUAUUUUUAGGAAUUGGAUAAUAUAUUGCCAAUUUUGUUGUUGAAAAAACAAAAGAUGUAGAAAUUAUGUCAAAACCAUUGUUAUGA